AAUUACACAAACAUAAUUCACAGCUUAACCAUAAAAAAUUGAUAUGGCGUGCAGGUGGUUCCUUUAUUCCAAAGCAUUCAUCAAUGGGGGUCAGUGUGGGUUGAUUACAACACCAGCAUCGACUUUCUUUAAACAAAACUCUGCUGGAUUUUUGUUCAUCUUGAUGUUAAUCAGAUAAGGUAAAAAUGGCUUCGGCCGAAGCUAAGUCCAGGUGGUUUCCUUUUGCUAAUCAUUGCAUUGUUGAUGAAGAUUAUGGAAGGGCUUCAAGAUUUCCUAGCUUUAUCCCAUCUUCAUCUAAAUCAGUGUCUGAGGUAUGUCUCGGCGACGGAGUCCCAUCAAAUGAUCCACCAGCUAACACCAAAUGGUGGUUUAACCAGAAACACAAGGUUAACACUUGUUCUUUCUGGAACCCACAAUGGGAAACCUUUGCCACAUCUGUGCAGAAUGAUGAGAAUGUAAGAAUCCUGGAACUGGAGGCUGUAAUUGGCGAUGUUUUGCAGAAGAAGCCCACACUGCCAGAAAAGUGGAUGGAAUUCGAUCAUGACAAGCACAUUGUUUCUGAUGAACCCAGCAAGCUUUUAUCAGAACUGGAGUCACAGUGGAUUGGGAUCAAGAAAAAUGAACCAUGGUGGCGCACAACUGACUUGGAUGACUUGGCUUCCUUUGUUUCUCAGAAAUCACUUGAACAUUUUGACAACUGCGAUCUUCCACUUCCUCAGACAAAUAAAACAAAACGGUUGGUCUGUGAGAAAGGCUUGGCUUCCUUAGGUCAGGAGCUAGAGAAAGAAAAGUCAAGUUUCACCGACUUCAUGCCAGGAUCUCCCACCUCAAUGUGCACGGAUGAAACACAGUACACCUCAGGUGUCAUAGGAUGCUCAUCAUGUGGUCUAGAUAGGCCAUGUAGUACCAGACAAUCUGAUGAGACUGAAAACUUGGAGACACCUAAUAGCGACCUCAGCAAGACUCAGCUGUUAGAAGCACUAUGUCAUUCUCAAAGACGAGCAAGGGAGGCAGAGAGAGCAGCACAAGCAGCCUGCAAUGAGAAAGAACAUGUGAUUGCGCUCUUUCUCAGACAGGCUUCUCAAAUCUUCGCUUACAAGCAGUGGCUCCACAUAUUGCAGUUGGAGGCGCUCUGCCUCCAGCUUAGGCACAGCAAGUAUCAACCAUUUUACACUCGUUUUCCAGAUGUUGCACCAUGGUUCCCCACCAAAGUCAAGCUACCAAAAAGUGACCGUAAGGCUACCGAGAGGAAACUUGGCUCGGAGAGAUGUAAAAUGCAUGAGUCUGUUGGGAACUUCCUUUGGGGUUUGGCUCUUGUUGGCGCCGGUGUGUUACUUGGUUGGACCCUGGGUUGGUUAUUUCCUGCAUUCUGAUCUGCAAAUUGCAACGGGGUCUGUAAGGUCAGUUUGUUGGUUGAUUGGUUUUGUGGGUGCACUUUAUCUAUUUGUAUAUAAUUUAGUCUGGAAUCAAGGUGUAUUGUUUAUGGUCUUUGCUUGGAAGCAUGUCUUCAAUUUGUGUAGUGUGUUAACAAAUCUUGCCUAACAUGUGACAUGGUUUUAUGUCCAUGCAACUUGGCAUGUGUUAUCCUCUGUACGUAAUACAGUUGGUUUUAGAUGGCA